AUGGGCAGAACCUCCAUGGAGGUUUUAGCAACAGCGUGCGAUCCCAAUCUGGGCGGACGUGAUUUUGAUCGGCUUAUCUUUGAACAUAUUCUGGAAACACUAAACGAGGAUGAGCGUGAUAGGAUCAAACACAGUUUCAAGGGCCGAGUGUUGCUUAUGCGUAGCUGCGAAAAGCUGAAGCAAGCACUCUGCCUCACCACGCAGGAAGUGAGACAAAGAGUCGAUUGCCAGGUCACCACUAGCGACAUAACGAUAGCCAUGGAUCGGAGUUGCUUUGAGACGUUAACCGAGGCUCUUAUACAUCGGGCUAGAAAAACAAUGCAGAAGGCGUUGCAGGAUGCUAAUCUGUCGAAUGUUACAAUGGUAGAGGCAAUUGGUGGAAGCGUUCGUAUUCCCGCAGUUCAGGUGAUCAUAACUGAUGUUUUUGGAGUCAAGCCUUCGUGCAAGUUGAAUCCUGACCAGACGGUUGCACGCGGUUGUGGAUUAAUGGUAUGGUCUUUUAACUCAUAG